AAAGUUUCUAGCUUUAUAUUAGUUGGAUUUCGCUCUUGAUCCAAUUUCUUGAAAAUUAAGAUUAGCACUAGAAGAUAUGAUUGUUUUGAGGACAUUAAAAUCAAGUCAUUUGUACUAUUGUUGGUAUUAUCAUAUAUGAUAUUACGUUUCCGUUACGAAUGAAAUGGAAAUUUAAUUCGAACAUCAUUUGACUUCAUUUGAAUGUAUAGGAGUGUCCUAUCGAAAUUGGUCCAAAAUCAUCGAGCAAGGACUCUGGAUUUGUCCCAAUAUUUCGUUCAGGAAGUUGCUCCGAGAUAGGCCCAAAGCCAUAUAUGGAGGAUGAGUACAUAUGUGUUGACGAUCUUUCUGAACAUCUCGGUGCAGCUAAUGGUUUACCCUCUCCUCGAGCGUUUUAUGGGGUGUUUGAUGGUCAUGGUGGCACAGAUGCUGCAUCCUUCACUAAAAAGAAUAUACUCAAGUUCAUCGUCGAGGAUUUCAAUUUUCCAGAUGGUGUGAAAAGAGCCCUCAAGAAUGCUUUCGUGAAAGCCGAUCACGCGCUCUUGGAUGCCAAGAAUCUCGACCAUUCAUCCGGCACCACAGCUCUCACUGCUCUCAUGUUGGGAAGGACUGUAAUCAUCGCGAACGCCGGCGAUUCCCGAGCCGUACUCGGAAAAAGAGGAAGAGCAAUAGAACUAACGAAAGACCACAAGCCCAACUGCACAUCCGAAAGAGUUAGAAUAGAGAAGUUAGGUGGAGUUAUCUACGACGGUUAUCUCAACGGUCAACUCUCCGUGGCUCGUGCACUAGGUGACUGGCACAUCAAGGGCUCUAAAGGCGCCAAGUGUCCCUUGAGCUCGGAACCCGAGCUACACGAGACGAUCUUGACCGAAGAAGACGAGUUCUUGAUAAUAGGGUGCGAUGGUCUAUGGGAUGUGAUGAGUAGCCAAUACGCGGUAACAAUUGUACGCAAGGAGCUAAUGGUGCACAACGACCCGCACAAGUGUUCGAAGGAGCUUGUGAAAGAGGCUCUUAAGAGAAACACGUGCGAUAAUCUGACGGUUGUGGUUGUUUGUUUCUCGAAGGAUCCUCCUCCGCAAAUCAUUGUACCGAAAUCGAAUAAGAGGAGGAGUAUAUCGGCCGAAGGGUUGGAUCUUUUGAAAGAUGUGCUUAUUAGUAAUUCUUGAGAUUAGCCUUACACAUUUGAGUUUGUGUUUUUUCUUUUUUCUUUUCUUUCUUUUUUAAUAGUUGUUAGUCAUCAAUAGUUUGGAAUUGUAGGGAUAGAUGUAUGAUGGUUUUAAUUGUAUUGGCAUGGAGUCAGUCUAGUUAGAAUGUGAUCUGAAUAAGUAUUUUGAUUUAUGUAAAUGCUUUUUUUUUCCCCCAAUUGUUUCAGGUUUUUCUUUGGUGUGUUGUAUUCUGUCUCCAGUCCGAAUAUGACAAGGAAAAUAAUUAUAGUAUUGAUAUAGGUGGGUGUAGGGUUGUCAAUCGGGCCAUGUGAGCCGAGCUUGGGUUGACUCAAACUCACAUACCAUCGAACUUCAUUAUUGUAGGCUCAAGCUUAUAUACUAUCGGAUACAUUACUAUUGGCUCAAACCCAGCUACUGUAUUUUUUCAGGUUUCGGGUUUAUAUCGGGCAAACAACUUUGCAGUCGCAUGUGUUAGAAAAGAAAAAAACGAAUUUCACAACUGAAGUGGAAAAUCUAGAAUAUUUAUUAAAAGUAAAAUAAGAUAAAAACUAUAGUCGCAAAAUAAAAUGAAAUACGUAGUUUGUUCCUUAAAACAAAUGAAGUUUAACGUUGUUGCAAAUG